AACUGCCGUCACAGGAUGGGUAACGUGUUGGCCUCCUCGAAACCGAUUGCGGGCCCCGGUGGUCUACCGCCUCCGAUGCCUACGGAAGCACUCACGGCGAUCGGCGAUGGUGCCGGUACGCCGGACAAAGCGGCAGGCGAAUCAAAACCACUUGAAAAUCCGGGCACGGUCGAGGAGCUGCACAGAAAGUGCAAAGAUGUAAUGCCAACAAACUUUGAAGGAGCCAAACUGAUGAUCAACAAGGGAUUGAGCAACCAUUUCCAGGUGUCACAUACGAUCAAUCUGAAUUCCUCGAAUACUAGCGGUUAUCGGUUCGGUGCGAUGUACGUCGGCACGAAACAGCUGUCGCCAACGGAAGCAUUCCCGGUCGUGCUCGGCGACAUUGAUCCGUCGGGCAAUUUAAAUGCAAACAUCAUUCAUCAAGUAACACCGAACGUUCGGUGCAAAUUCGCGUCUCAGAUCCAAAGCAGCAAAAUAACGGCAGCACAACUUACGACAGAUUACAAGGGACCGAACUACACGACCUCGCUCACUGUCGGCAAUCCAAAUAUAAUUAACAAUUCGGGCGUGGUGGUUGCACAUUACCUACAGGCAAUUACAAACCAUUUGGCAAUGGGAGGCGAGUUCGCGUAUCAGUACGGGCCGGCCGUUCCUGGUGGACAGAUUGCCCUCAUGUCGGCUGCUGCCAGAUACGCCACCGAUCUGUACACGUGGUCCGGCACGGUAGGCGCAGCCGGUGUUCAUCUUUGCUACUAUCAGCGUGCCAGCGAGCAGCUCCAGAUCGGAGCAGAAGUAGAAACAAGCUUCCGAAUGCAGGAAUCGGUCGCUACCAUUGGCUACCAGGUGGAUCUGCCAAAGUCGGACCUAGUGUUCCGAGGUAUGGUAGAUAGCAACUGGACCGUGGGUGCAGUGCUGGAGAAGAAGCUACAGCCUUUACCCUUUACCUUUGCGCUCAGCGGUAUGCUGAAUCACACUAAAAAUCAGUUCCGGCUCGGGUGUGGAUUGAUUGUGGGCUAGGCGCACGUGGUAAUCUAGUUGAACCAUCGAUAGAAGGAGAAGACAUUGUGGGCGCGAU